CUUGCUGCAGGGAGGAGCGACCGGAGUGCAGUUGAGCUGAGCAUCACAGCCUGCAUUCAAGGAAACGGGCAAGCACAGCACUUUUUUUUUUACUUUACACAGUGUUCUUGCCUCCUAAAAGCAACAAUUUUUAAUAAGGAGAAGUACAUACAUUCAUCGUGGACCAUUUAAUGGAGGCAGUUUAUCUUUGAGCAGCUGGGAAUCUCUGCCCAGUCAAGGGAGACCCCCCUCAAUUGUUUCUGCGCCAAGAACUGUAAAGACAUGGUCAUUACAUCGCAUAUGUGACGAGCAUCAAGAAGUGAGUGUGAGAGAGUGUCAGAGGAUGCACCUGAUCUGUAGGGCCCAGCGCUGAGGGAGGUCCACACAGCCCACCAUGUCUCACCACCAACACUACCAUCGUGGCACCCACGGCCGCACCAUGAGCUCCGAGGAGAGGAACUCCAUAUCGAGCAACAAGACCUCUACACCGGUUCACAAGAGCGCCUCCUCCUCUUCCUCUUCCCAGCGAGACAGCCGACAGGAGGCAGACAGCUGGGAAAUCAUUGAGGGGCUGAAAAUCGGUCAAAGCAACGUCCAAAGGCCUGAUAAGCACGAGGGGUUUAUGUUGAAGAAGCGGAAAUGGCCCCUGAAAGGCUGGCACAAGCGUUUUUUCGUUCUGGACAAUGGUAUCCUGAAGUACUCAAAGUCUCCCAUUGAUAUCCAAAAAGGCAAGCUACACGGUAGCAUCGACGUCGGCCUCUCAGUCAUGUCGAUCAAGAAGAAGGCGCGUCGCAUCGACCUCGACACUGAGGAGCACAUCUAUCACCUAAAGGUCAAAUCUCAAGAUAUCUUUGAUGCCUGGGUGUGCAAGUUGCGUCAUCACCGGCUCUACCGACAGAACGAGAUUGUGCGAUCUCCUCGGGAGGCCACCAUGCGAACGUUUCCUCCCCCGGCUGUGGAGUCCCCCCAACCUGCCCCGAGUGUUGCACGUGAAACAAAGCAAGCCAAGCCGAGCAGUUUGCCGUGCUGGGGGCAGCCGGCGGACCCCAGCAGCAGCAGCAACAACAGCCUUCCUGCCUCUUACAGUAACGGACAAAGCAAGGUGGCCGCCUGGCUGCAGGAGUCAGAGGAGAUGGACAAGUGUGCAGAGGAGCUUGCACGAUGCCAGUCCAACCUGACCGAGCUGAGCCAGUUACUGCAGAAUCUGGAGAUUCUACAAAGGACACAGUCUGCGCCUAACUUCACAGAAAUGCAGACCAAUUGUGUAGAAUUGUCAAAGAAAGAAAAGCGCUUGAACAGAAGAUGGAGAACAAAAAGUGUCGGCAAAGAUGCAAAAUUCCAGCUUCAGGUCCCUCAGUCUGCCAGCAUGUCCCCUGUCCGCCUCCACUCAUCCAACCCAAACCUCUGUGCCGAGCUGGUGGACUUCCAGCCCCCCGUCUCCCGACUGACAGACAGCGUAGAGUGCGCCAGUGAUUACAUUAAGCUUCAGGAGGAAUUCUGCACCAUUUCUCAGAAAGUCCACUCCCUGCUGAAGUCGGCCUUCAACACAGUGGCCAUAGAGAAAGAAAAGAUCAAACAGAUUCUGUCGGACCAGGAGCAUACAGACCCGUCAGCCCAGAUCAACUCUCUCAGGAAGUCUCUGUCACAGGCCCUGUCCCAAAACGCUGAACUUCGAACUCGACUGAACCGCAUCCACUCUGAAUCUGUCCUGACUGAACAAGUCGUCAGUGUGAACAUCAUCUCCACGCCUGAUGAGGAAGGGGAACAGAUGGGGAUCCCUCUGACUCAGCAGGCCUCUAAUGAGAGCCGACUCUCCAUGUCGGAGUCUGUCUCUGAGUUCUUUGAUGCCCAGGAAGUGCUUCUGUCAGCCAGCUCGUCAGAGAAUGAGGGCUCAGACGAUGAGUCAUACGUCAGCGAUGUGAGCGAUAACAUUUCCGAGGACAACGCCAGCGUGACCGAUAACGUCUCCAGACAAAUGGCAAACGGAGACUUUGCUGGCAGUGCCUUCCGUAAUGGGCGGCGCACCUGCCUGCCGGCUCCGUGUCCCGACAUCACCAACAUCAACCUCUGGAACAUCCUCAGAAACAACAUCGGCAAGGACCUGUCCAAAGUGUCCAUGCCUGUGGAGCUCAACGAGCCCCUGAACACCCUGCAACGCAUGUGUGAAGAGCUGGAGUACAGCGAGCUGCUGGACAAGGCCGCCGAGACCGAGGACCCGUUUGAACGCAUGGUUCUCGUCGCUGCUUUUGCCGUCUCAGGCUACUCCUCCACGUACUACAGAGCAGGAAGUAAGCCAUUCAACCCGCUCCUCGGAGAGACUUAUGAAUGUAUUCGGCAGGAUAAGGGCUUCUGUUAUUUCUCGGAACAGGUGAGCCACCACCCGCCCGUCUCCGCCUGCCACUGUGAGUCAAAGAACUUCAUCUUCUGGCAAGAUAUGAGAUGGAAAAACAAGUUUUGGGGGAAAUCGAUGGAGAUUUUGCCAAUUGGGACCGUUAAUCUCAUGAUUCCGAGGUUUGGAGAUCACUAUGAAUGGAACAAAGUCACCACAUGUGUCCACAACAUCCUCAGUGGGCGACGGUGGAUCGAACACUACGGGGAGAUCACCAUCAGAAACACCAAGAGCAGCGCCUGUCUAUGCAAACUCACCUUCGUCAAGGGGAACUACUGGAGUUCUAAUGUGAAUGAGGUUCAAGGGUUUGUGAUGGACCAAGAAGGGAAAGUGAUCAACAGGCUCUUUGGGAAAUGGCACGAGGGUCUUUACUGUGGGGUCCCCCCUUCUGCCAAAUGCGUCUGGAGGCCGGGCUCCAUGCCCACAGACUACGAGCUGUACUACGGCUUCACCAGGUUUGCCAUUGAACUGAAUGAGCUCUGCCCCGAUUUGAAAGAUGUCCUGCCUCGUACAGAUGCUCGAUUCAGGCCCGAUCAAAGGCACCUGGAGGAGGGGAACUUGGAGAUAGCUUCAUCAGAGAAGCAGCGUAUUGAGGAUCUGCAGAGAACCAGGAGGAAGUGGAAAGAGGAGAACGAGAUCAAACAGGAGCCCCGCUUCUUCAAGAAAGUUGUUGAUUCCAAUCACAGAGAGAGAUGGGUCUCCAACAACACAUACUGGGAGCUCCGCAAAAACCCUGGCUUCAUCAAUAUGGAGCCUACAGCCAACCUGUGGUAACACACGGGGAACGCUGUGUCCGAUAUAACCGAAAAGAAAGCUGUUACCUAUGCACAACAAGGUGUUUGGAGAAACAUGUUAACGAUCAAAGACGUCUGUGUGCAUGGACCGCAGAGCUGACAGACGCUCUGACAGCCAGCAACACUUAGAGGUUUUGCGGCACUGCCACAAGGUCAUCCAUCCAUGGAAACAUCCUGAAGGGUCGCCUUCAUUGUGCUUGUGGAAGCUGGGUUGUCAGGACAACAGUGGUACCACUCCUAUGUAGAUCUUCCUCAGCUCCUUUGACCUUUGAUUAUUUCCUUGCCUUAAAAAGACGCCGGAACAAGUCACACGAUUUAGAGCUUUUUAGUUGAAGCCAUUUGAUUUCUGACAGCAGUUUGUGUUAGAUUAGUCUCUAAUGUAGACGUUUUGAUUACCUACGAUACAGUGCAUGUUUAGAGAGCAGCUUUCACCGGCAUUAAGCCACAUUUACAUUUAUGUCAUCAAUUACUAUAGAAGAAAAAAAAGAGAUAUUUUUUAUAAAAUAUCCUCGACUCAGAAUUGAGUGAAAUAGCAUCAUGUGUAUUAGCAGAUUUUAUUUAUUUUUUGCCUUUUAAUAAUGUUGGAUCUGAGAUAGCAGUGCUCUCUCGGGGAAACCGCUCAUUUCAAAUUAAUCUGGGCUGCAGUAGAGGAAGUGUCCAAACUGUCCACAGAUUUAAUUUUUUAAAGGGUUCUUUCAAAACGGAGCGCUCAGAGUCGAUCGUGUGCUGGAAGGAGAACAUGAAAAUCCUAUUCCAGUGGUUUGGACAUGUGAUGCAGGACACACCUACAACUGUUCAGAUGUUUUUGUUUUUAUUUUUAGACCAUCAACACAGAUCUGUCUCAGUGUCCAGCUUCUCCUCACCAUGGAAUGAUGUGUAAAUAGAGGAAGACCCUCAGCAGCCCUGCCGUACUGUCUAAUUUUAAACAUUGUUACAUGAAACCCGCUCCUCUGACUCACAUGGUUACAUAAAUACACACAUGACUCUCUCCAUAUAUAGUGGGCACACAUCGAGUCUGAAUGAAUGUGGAGCAGAAAACUACUUUAGUGUCAGUGAAGAAGAGAAGUCUCUCAAACACUGGAUGUAGUUGGGGGUCUAAGAAAAGAUUGUGUAGUAAAUUGUACAGCUUCAAAGUCCUGCUGAGACUCUGUCAUGAUUUUUCUUGACUUAACAGUAAAGCAUGAGAUAAACAGUCACAUCCCAUAAGUACAAGGCUGAACACAUCAUUAUUUUAGGAAUACCAGGAACUGAAUCAAUGGUUUUUACUUUGUCCAAAUAAUAAUUUAUUCCCCUCAGUGUCCAAAAGAGUUAAAUUGUUUCUUUGCUCUGACAAAUAACCAAAAAUUGGACCAUAAAUUAAAGUGUAAUAAAGAAAAGUAACAUUUCUCACAGCUGUAUAGAACUUUGGGUUAUUAAUGAGCUAAAUUAUUCCUUAUAAUCUUAACUGGAAUACACUUCUUUUGAUUGAUAAAUAACUGUUUAGUAUGCCUGCACUCCCAUGAGUCACUCAGCCAUGAUUAUGCUGAGAUUCCAUUUUGAAACAUGAGAGCCACCUACAGGUUGUAACCUGUAAAUGCAGCUUCAGGACGCUGAAGGUUGUGCGUCAUAAGAAAUGUGAAAACCAAACCAGUUAGUGCAGUAAAAAACGAAACUGUACUGAAAUGAAAAUGAGUUUGAUUCCUCAGAGACUUUACUGCUAUAAUCAGUUACAUUUAUGCAUUUUGUGUAUUUAUUGCAAAGCUAAUUAGCUUUAAUGUUUUUUAACAUCAUGUGUCCCCACUUUAUGUUACAGACUAACAAAACAUAACCCCUAAAAACAACAACAUGGUAUCCUCCUCAUUCAGUCAGGACUGCGGGGCGAGGACACCAGGGGAGAAAAACAGUGAAUAUAAAUAUUCAUCUUGUGUGCACUGUUCAUAUGGUACUGUAGAUUACAAACCAAAAAGAUAGUAGUGCUUUGCAUCCAUACCCUUUUGUUUGUAAUGUACUCUUGUUAUUUUAACCCCACUCAAUGCUACAAAUCAGCAUCCGUAUCACUUGCUGUGCCUUAAUGCAUUUACUAAUGCCUCACCAACACACACUGAUAAGAACUCGUACACCACACAUCAUCAAGUCUCCACACGCCUACAGAUGAUAACUAGAUCUAAAAAAAUAAAAAUAAAAAAAAAGAGUUCAGGAUUUAACUGAGGAUUUAAUGUCUUGGCUUAACAUUUUGAGGGAGACGUCUUUGACUUGAGAAGAUAAAAAAAAAAGAGGUUUAUUUGACAGUAAAAUGCUUGCAGUGUGAAAGAUGUUGUGCACUGCUCUGCUUCUCCAACAUCACUGUAAAUACAGCACACUUAGAAGAUGGGCCACUACUACAAAAUCUGGCUCCGAUUCUCCCUCCUACAUGAGUUUAACAAGAAUCACAACAACUGCGUGUGGAGGUCGAGGCCAGGUUUUGUCAGUCAGUCUGUAGUAGUAGUAAAACACCUCCUCAUGCUUUCUUCAUCCAUUGUUCUGCCUGCAUGUCUAGACAACUUAGCCUGCCAAUGAAUGUUGCAGAUGCCUUACAAAGAAAAAAAAAAGUUUUUGGUUUUCUCAAUUGGACUCUCGUGUAGUUUUUUUUUGGUUUUGUUUCUCGGACUGACAUGCAUCACUAAGCACCGUGUCAGCUCAAUUAUUUCAGAUCUUUUCCAAAUGGAGACCUUCUAAAGUGCAAUUUUAACAAAGUACAUAUCUUUCCAUGAACACUGUACACUGCUGCUAUAUAGUGCUUGUUCUAAUAAAACUGUAAAACUCUA